AUGAUAAAAUUUGUUUUGUUUUUAUUAAUUUUCGCUAAAAAUAGUGUAUACUCUGUUGAGGAAUCCAAUGAUAAAUCAAACCCCCCAACUGAUGUGUAUGAAGAAAUAAACAGUCAAUCAAAACCAUUAAAUACACAAGCUUUAUACGAAUAUUUUACAAAUGAAAUAGAUUCAUACUUUCAAAGUUUAUCUGAUAAAGAAUCCAAAGAAUUACUAAACAAAUACAAUAAAUAUAUUUUAUCCUAUGUUAAUAACGAUAAAGUUAAGAAUAGUUUAAGUGAUAAAACCGUUGAAUUUGAAGAAAAUAAGGAAUACUACGAAGAUCUAGUAAACAAAGAAUUUAAUCAAUUUUCACUUCCAAUAUUAACCCCGAUUAUAGAAAAUCUUCUAGAAAAUUCUACUUCAGCUCAUUGGUAUCCUCUUAUUUUAACACUACUUCAUAAAAUAGCCGAACAUAAAUUUGAUACCCCCAACUCAAAACUAAGCAUCUCUAUCCCUAAUAAUACAGACGAAUUAGAUGAUGAAGUAUAUAGUAAAAUUGAUGUCCAAAACCAGGAAGUGGAUGAUGAAGGCCGCGACCUUAUAGAUAUGUAUAAUAACAUACUCGAUAAUUACCCCGAUAUAGCACGUUAUGUUAAAGAAAAUCCAGACGGCACAGUUUCAUUGGUGCAUCUAAAAGAGUUGGUAAGGAAAUAUAUGCAAUACUACAAGUCUAGAGAAGGGAUAUCAUUAUCUGAUUUUGACGAAAUCGAAAUAGAGACUAGAAGGAUAUUAUUAGGAGUUAUUUUGCCAAAUGGCGAUUUAGACUUUGAAAAAAUGGCACCAUCACCCAAGCCGCUGACUGAGGAAGAAAUUGCUGAAAAAAAACGCCUUCAGGAAAAGUUGAACCAAGAAAAGAUAAAGGAACUUAUCCGUAAAAUGGAUCAUUUAAAUGAGUAUUAUUUUUACAAACUUGAUAAUAACAGUGAACCAGUGAAAUACUUCUCUUCUGAUAUAAAUAAACUUAUACCUUUCUCUACUUCUAGCUUUUAUAAAUUUCCCAUCACAAUCUCUUUGUUAAUUUUUUCAACUCUAUUACUUUGA